AUGAAUUACGAGUUGGAACAAUCUCCGCAACAUCAACAACCACACGAUUUGCGACUUGUUGAUUUGGUAGGAUGCCCGGAAUGUGGGCGAAGUUAUCUGCAGAAGAAUAUCUAUCGACAUCUCUGGAAUCAACAUAAUUGGAGCCGAGAGGAGUGCAAACAACUCAUAACUGUAAUUAAAUCCGAGAAAAAAGUGAUGAAUGGCACGCAAAAUACAUAUACGUGCGAUAUUUGUUGUGUUGCGUUCAAAACUGUUUGGGCGAUGAUGAAACAUCGGAGAAUAUGUCUGGCACAUCAGCCAGAAUCUAAAAGAUCUUUAUAUCAUUCAACAUCGAAAAUGGAGAUGAUUGAAGAAGAUGAAAUUAUUGAUCCAGUUUAUAUUGAAGAAGAAGAAGAAGAAAUUGUGAUAAAUCAACCGUCAUCUUCAACAGAACAAUCGCAAGCUCUUGAUGAACAAAUUCCAAAAACCAUUGAAAAAGUUGUCAGCCAACCGAAAAUCCAAGAUCCCGACAAUUUCCGGGUUUCCACGGUUACAUCACGUUUCCGUCAAUCCACAAUUGCAUGUCCACUUUGUAAGAAAAACCUCGAAACAAAUGACGAAUUGGUUCAACAUUGCCAUUUGGAACAUGAAACCGAGGAGACAAAAUAUCAGCUUGAACAACAAGUUUUUCCAGAUAAACAGAGUUUUAGAGUGAGUAAUUAGAUACUUGAAUACUCCUUUAAAUAACAUUUAUUGAUUUUUUAGGAAUGGUUUGAUCAACGACAGGAAGAUACCUGUACUUCUCUUACAAAACGAACUGGACAUGGCGGAGAAACAUUUUAUCGCUGUCAUAUGGUUGGAAAAUAUUCAAGUGUUGCCAAAAAGCGAAAAUCGAAUCCAAGGAAACUUGACCAGUGUUGCACGGCCUUUCUCAAAGUCUACCUUCAUCCCGAUGGUUCGAUCUACGCUUCCGGUUGUUUCAGUCACAUUGGCCAUGAGCUCAACCACAAAUUGCUUUGGUUUACGGAAUCGCAAGAGAAUUAUGUGAGGGAAUUGUUGGAUUUGGGUUGGAAUGCGGAUCAAAUUUAUUUCUAUAUUCGCGAUGAAUAUGAGAAUUAUGAGUGUAAAUUGAAAUAUAUUUCGAAAAAUGAUAUACGAAAUAUAUCUGUGAGACAUGAACGAUUGAAGCGGAAAAAGCAAGAAGAUCCAAACUCGUAAGCAUUUUUUGUUUGGUUUAAAAAACUAUUUUUUUCCCUUUUCAGAUCCCCCAAAGUUUUCGAAGAAGACGAAGAGGAUGAUGAUAUUAAUGCUCAAAAACUUCAUGAAAAUCAUCAAAAUCAAUAA